GCUCUUAGAAAGAAGAGUGGAUUCGGUUGGGACGAAAAUCUGAAAAUGAUAACUUGUGACGCUAAAACAUACCAAGAAGAAGUUAUGGCACAUCGGAAGCAUGCCGAGUAUCUGAACAAAAAAAUUGAGUUUUACGAUGAAUUAGCGAUUGUGGUGGGGAAGGACACAGCCACAGGUGGCUUUUCUAAGUCCUAUGUGGAUAUCGAAAAUGAGCCAGAUAAUGGGGAUAAUGGGGAUAGUGCAGAGUUUGUUGCAGAUAAUGUGGAGGAAUGUGUGGUUGAAAAGGGGAAGAACGCAAAUGAAUCAUCCACCACUGGGUCGGGAAUUUCCAAGUCCCGCAAAAGAGGGCGUGCAGCUUCUAAUGCUGAUGAUAGUGUGCUGACUGAUCUGUCUGAUCAGCUGAAGGAAAUAGCUGUCGCUCUGAAAGAAAUUAAUCGGGGCCCGGUAGAUUACACAACUUUGUAUAAUGAGGUAAUGGCUAUGAUGGCGGAUGGAUAUAGCGAAGAUAUGCUCGCUACUGCCUUCGACCAUCUUUGUGAGAAUGAGAAGACGGCACGUGGAUUUUUAGCCAAGAAUGCUAGGUUGAGGAAGCUGUGGUUAGAUGGUUAUUUUUUCUCACAAAUUUGAUUUGCUUAUUUCAUGUUGACUGUGAUGGUAGAUUUAGGAAUUAACUUUUGUUGUAGUAUUAGUAUUGACCUAUCAAUGUAUUAUAUAUGUACUCUUUUGUAUUAUUGGGACGAUACAAUUGCCCAAAUUAUGUAUUUGUACUGUUCAGAUACCACAAAUAGGUAUCAUUUUUGUAUGCCAUUGAGGUGUAAUGCCAAUGGUGAACGAUU